CUGUGAGUCUGGACUCACGACUCUGUCUGUCUCUCCCUCUAUGGGUGUGACUCCCACUCCCUCCCAGCUAUGACACAACUUGGAGUUGCUUUUGAAUAAGUGCAGCAAAGUUGCACGCUUCUUUUCACGGUGACUUUCUGAGGAGCCUCUAGUGCCAGGUCUGCGGAGCACAAUGGCCCAACUGCUGUGGAUUGUUACUGGGUUCUGCUGCCUGCUGAGUGCCUGCCAAGCCCGCACAGUGAUCAGCUGCCGCUUCAAAGGUGUCUUCCACGUGGAAAAGUACGAUCGAUACGCACUGAAUCGGGAAGACGCCAUCAAGCUCUGCCAUGAGCUCAACACCACCAUCGCCAACCUCACGCUUAUGGAGAUCGCCCAAGACAUUGGCUUUGAAACCUGCAGGUACGGCUGGAUUGAAGACCGGGUAGUUAUACCGCGAAUCAAACCAAAUCCCAUAUGUGCUGCCAAUUACACUGGCAUCUUCACCCUGGGCAAUAACGAUUCCCUGCGCUACGACGCCUACUGCUACAAUGCCUCAGAGACGGAAGACAAGUCCUGUGAACCCGUUCUCCUCCUCAACGAAACAGACCUUUCUCACAAAACCAUUGAUUCCUAUGAUCCGACCUUAGAUACUCAAAACCCUUUUCGAACCCAGAAUUCUGACAAAAGUGGAGACACAGUAACUGAUCCUGGGCCUGCCAUGAUCACACCAGAUCCUGGGCAGGAUUGGGAUGAUAUUCAAGGUACCACUGACCCACAUGGUGACCCCUUUUCUACAAAGGGAGAUGGUUCUGAUUCCACAGAACAAACUAACGAACCUGGAAUUGAUCAUUCUGGGUAUCAGGAAGUCCCAGGCCAUCAUUUUCCUGAAGGAACAGAUCAUGAAGUAAAUGAAUUUGAUACCGAACAUACGACCACAGAAAAUUCUCAUGAUUCUGAUGGACAUUAUGAACAUCCAAGACAUCAUGAUCAUCAAGAUAAUACAGGAAGAGAUUACACCAGGCCAGAUGAUGAAAGCAGUAAAGAGCCUGAUAGCUAUCCAGGAGAGGUCACCGAUUCUGCCCUUGAUCCAGAUGAAGAACACGGUGACCACCAUGACCAUGAUGGAGAACAUGGCAAGAAUCCAAAUAAGGGACGAAAGAUUCAGCCUGGUGAAUCUGAAAAUGACAUAACCAAACAGCGAAGAGCAGCUAGAGUUCCUGACUGGUUAAUUGUACUGGUGGCUCUGGUGGCUCUGGGCCUGAUCCUGUCUGUCUGUCUCGCAAUCAAUACCCGCAGGCUGUGCGGUCAAAAGAAGAAAUUGGUCAUAAAUGGAAACAAAACAAAGCUGGAAGACGGGGAGAUUAUGGAGCAAAAUGGGGACAACAUCAAGUCUCAAGAGAUGGUUCAGCUCGUUUCCCAAGAGCACACAGUUGAACAAGAAAAUCAUAUGACCACAGAAGACAUCAAGAGGAACGAGAAGGACAUAGACAUGAAAAUUGGAGUCUAGCAUCUCCAAAACCAAUGAGCAAAAUCUAUUGGGACAACAAGGAACAAAGACUGAAUGUAGAGAUAUAAGCCAUGAACUGCUUCAUAAGAACCCCGGCUGCUUCUCUAUGUCUAAAUCUUAUAGAGGAGGCCAAAAAGAAGAACACUUUUCAGGCUAUUCCAUGACAACAGACACUUUCCAAUGCUCUUCUCCUGUAUCAAAUCUUUUAUUGGGGGUGGGGUGGUGGGAGUGGUGUAAGGAAGAUAAAGGACUCAAAGACCUGGGCUUUCCAAACAACUUGCCAAUAAAAGACUUCUGUAUCAUCUUCAUCUGCUGAGGACACAACCUUGGUUCCUGGAGGUCAAAGCUCUUUGUCAAGAUGAUACAUUGGAAAUUCUGGACAGAAAUCAAGGCACGUUAGUGACUAAUUAUAUUUAGCAUUUCCACGACAUGUAUUUACAGUUCUGUGGCAUCGGUGGACCCAAGAAGUAUCUCAUCGUGUACCCAAAUCUACUUUAGGUGGCCCAAGCUUGGGGGGGUCCAGCAUAGGAUCAUCUUCUGAAAUUUCAGGCAACCUUUAUACUGAGUUAGGUUCCUAACAAUACAUGGUAUAUUUAAUUCAAUCAAACUGUUUCAGAAGAACGGUAGAAUGAGGGGCCCAGGCUGAAGGCUAGGGUGCUCUUCAGCCUGAAGAUCAGUCAGGGUUAGAUAUUGGUUGAAGAACAGCAGGAUGAAUGAUAGUUGACAUUGAGGCCCCUAUUAAAAAUACCUGCUUAUUUUUGUACAGAUUCUAUUUAAGUUUCCUUACCGUAUCUCGUAUCCUUACCGUAUCACACCCUGGGUGUCAGUUUCAAUGAACAAGAGAAGAAGCAUUGGAUCUCAAAAUAUCUCAAGCCUUCACAUGAGUGGCUCUGAUUGGCCGGCAUAGGCCAUCGUCAAUUUAGGAGCUUCAGUGGACUCUCGUACUGUGUAUAUGCUGGGAAUACUUUAGUGCUGAAAGUUUCAGACGAAUGUAUAUUAUUAACCCUUCACUCCCAAAGAGUUCUCAUUGAACAGCGCCUCUGGUAGGAAAGGGGGGUGGAGAUGAUGAGGAGAAGCUUAUUGUAUAUAGAGGUUCCAAGGGCUUAACAGUUUCAUGUAUGGAAGAUAUUUUAUUUAGUGUGUGUCUUUUUGUAGGAGCUGUGUGAAAGGGUGGCUGGGUUUUCAAGGGGUAACUAGCCCUUUAUUUCAUGGUGAAGGGGGUUGAACCCAAUCUGUUAGGGUACUAGCGCAAUUUUGUAUAUUUGGGCCCCUGAACAACAGCCCAGGCUACCGGAUUACUGGUUUAACUGGGGGCACAUUGGGCAAUGUAAUAAAUAAAGUGACAAAAAAUUUUUAGGAGCCCAAAAACAUGACCCCACCUACUUUUUAUUUUAUAUAUUGCCCUAGGGGUAAAGUCGCACCAUGUAAAUGGUAAGAAUGAUCUUCUGAUAUUAACAAAGGUCCAAUGUGAUUGGUUGCUCUCUCAGAUUGGGGAGACACAUCAGUCUUACAAAUGGGAUCCAUUAAGACCUGCUGGAUAGUGGUGAUAUGGAACAUUAUAGGCACAGAAACACCCAACUUUGUGCCGUGCGAUGGUUUGACUUACCCUUUGGAGCACUUAUUUCUUCCAAUGACCCCUGUUACACUGGUGGGCGGGACUAUGUAAAUGAGUAUUCAAAUUACGGAAGAACAAUUCUUUAUCCCUUGUAAAGAGCCCAGAUACAGCCCGCGAGCGGAACCAUGAUUCUGUGUGGGUCGGGAUAUCUGUAGAACACAUGAGGAAAUACCCCAAUAAUAAAAGCACAUGUUCUGCACUA